GCUCGACGGCGACAGCAUGACGACGAACGUGUGCUUGCAGGCCUGUCUUGCCAAGGGUUUCCCAUAUGCCGGCACCGAGUACUCACGCGAAUGCUACUGUGGUGUCGUCGUUGGCGAUGGCACAGCACUGGCCCAGGACCAAACCACCUGCAACAUGCCCUGCGCGGGAGACAGCAGCCAAACCUGCGGCGGACCCGCCUUGUUGAACCUCUAUGUUGCGAAGAAGCUGUUCUCGAAGGAUACUUGCGGCCUCGUGCCCGUUCUGCCAAGCAGCAGCACGACUAGUUCCAUUGCAUCUUCCACGUCGACUUCCAUGUCUUCCAGCUCAAGCACUUCAACCUCAUCGGUUACUUCCUCGACGAGCACCAUCACCUCCUCCUCAAGCAUCAGCACGACCACUGGCCCGGCCCAAUGCACUUCCACCGUCGUUAUUCCUCCCAAGUGCGAGUUUGGCUGCGGAAACUGGUGUGCUUCGCCUCUUCCAGACUUCACUGACCAGUCCAAGUGCCUUUUGGCGUGGUCCGCUUGCAAGGUGCAGAUCGCUUCGUGCUUCCUCAAGGCUGGCUGGCCCAAUGCCAUGGACUGCUUCAAGUACGCUGGUUGGUGCGCGAGCGUCAAGGAUUACUGUUACUCGGACGGUGGCCGUGGUGGUAAGAACGGCUGUUUCAACAAAUACCCCCCGAUCAAUGGCGGUCAGCCAACGACUACCACCUCUGUUUAUCCUUGCUCGACUUCGGCUCCGGCAACCACGACAACUAGCUCCGCCACUACCACCACGUCGACCUGCAACAUCCCUUCGCCAACUGGUAUUUGCAAGCAACCAAGCUCCAGCAAGUACGGAUACGGUCCCGGCAACCCUGUUGGCGGAAUUGAGCUGCCAUUGGUGACCUGCAACAACCUCCGGCGCGACUUCCUGAGCGGCAAUCCUUACAAGCUGUACACUGAUAAUGACAGCUCCAGGUGUCCCUCAUACCGUCGCCAGGACUGCAAGGGCGCCUGUGCGGAUGCCUGCAAAUGGCAGUACAACCAGUGCCUUGGCGUCUAUGCUCAAGGUUGCAAGACUAACGGCAAAGUUGGCAACCAGUGGUACGGAGGCAACUAUGAUCCGAGCCAAGGAACCCGUCCUGGCGGUCCCGGCGGCCCUGGAGGCCCUGGUGGUCCUGGCGGUCCUGGCGGGCGUCCUCGUCCUCGGUCGUCCCAUGCCGAAGAGGUGGCCAUGAUCAAGCGUUCCACCAACCAAUUCAGUCAGAGCUAUGGAGAUGCUCAGAACUCGUGCAAGAUGCAGUACCAGGAUUGUCUGAACACGAACUCCAACGUUCGCGACAAUGGCCAGUGCAAGACCUUUGCUGGCGACUGGGUCCAGUAGAGUCUCGUGUGGAGCGAGCUGGGGCAAGGACUGGCAAAGAUACUCCUGUGUUCGGGUGACAGGGUACUAUCGAGCCAGUCCUCGAACGAAUCACUAUUUCCUGCUUAGAGGACUAUGGCACGGACGGCGAAUUUGGCCAACUCUCUUUUGUCACUAGUUUUAUUUUGAUAGAUAUGAGUUUCUCGAAUGAUAGCUUAAUUUUUCA